UACCGUAACCCACCAACCGGGCCUGCUGGGAGGCGCUUGGCUAGAGCCAGCUUUGGGUGAGCUGGGACAGCUCAAGACCGCAAGGGCGACAAACCGACAAUCAGGGAGUGUGACGAGCAGCAAGUCAUCCGUGUCACUCUCGUCUCUGUUCCUUCCUAGCAAGAUGACAGACGUGGAGCUGAUGAAGAGGAUGUUACGGGCGGUGCUGGCGGCCAAUAAGAGCGGGCCCGGGGUGUCUUUGUCUCGCCUCCAGUCUGAAUACAAAGCUCUGACUGGUGAACAGAUCCCUCAUAAACAGAUGGGUCAUGCCAGUCUGGACACCCUGCUGCACAGCAUUCCCAGCGUGGUUCACAUGGAGCGCAACUGCACUGGGGAGAUGGUGUGUUUCGCCUCAGUCUCCAGCGAGACGGCCCACGUUGCCAAACUGGUGGCUAGACAGCGUACCUCCAAGAAGACUGGACGACCCCAAAUGGUCAACUGUCAGAUAAGGGUCAAACCGGCCGCCCCUCUCAUCCUCAAUGCCAAGCCCAGAACCUCUCUGAGACAGCCAGACCACAGGGGUCGCGGUGUGGGGCGAGGAGGAGGUGGGGGCGGCCGAGGAUUGGGAGUCCAGCAUGGAGACUUCAGACAUGGGAGGGACAUGAGGAACACCCAAUCAGAGGGAAAGAGCAAUCAGAGCUCCAACCAGAACAAACCAAUCAAUCAGAACACCCCUGCUACCAGGAAGUCCUAUGUGCCCUCUGAGAGGUCAGACAAAAGGAUGACCCUGCCGUCACUGAUCCAGAAGGAAGUGCACACUAAUUUCUCCAGGAACACCCAGAGCAACCCUCCCACAAACAUCAAAGAAAAUGCUGUCUCGGGGAAGCCCAAGCCACAUCACUACCCCAAGGACUAUAACCCCUCACCCGGUGGGAACUACAACCCCCAGCAGGUGCAAGGGCGUAUCAGAGAGGUUCUGAACAAGUACAGUAAUGGUUUCUGGGUGUCCAAGCUACCUCAGCUCUACAGAGAACUGUACAAACAGGACCUGCCUAGUGAAGCAAUCAAAGACUUGGAGCACUGGACACACAUCUGCACCGUAGAGAAACCAUGCAGCAGCAACCCCAAUGAGUUACUCCUCUACCCAGCUAAGGAACCAACACAAACACAGACCCCAUCCCCUGUCCCUACCAGAGUCCAAUACCCCACCUCCACCACCUUCACCCCAUCCAUGGACAUCAAGCCCCAGUCAAAGCCCCCUACCACCCCCUCUACCACUACCAUGAGCCCCCUCGCACUCACCUCCCCCUCGUCCUCCCCUCGUCCUCCAGCCUCCCCCUCCACCCUCUCUCCCGACCUCAGACAAAAACUGGGAGAGCUUCUCGUCAAAUACAGCAAUGGUCUAUGGGCCCAUGCCUUACCCAAACUCUACUUGGACACGUACAAAACCAAACUCCCAGAACACGUCCUGGAGAAUCUCUUGCUGCUCUCUGACUUCUGCACCAUCGAAUACCCCAUGCCGGACAACCCCAAACGGGCCAUUCUGUACAAGAGGACCAGGGAGGAGAACCACAACAGGAGGGAGUCAGUGGAGGAGCGCAGGGCCAGAGAGGAGGUGGGGAGGAGGCUCAGUACCCAGACUGUACCUCCUCUUCUCAUCCCCCAAGAGGAGUACCCCUCUGUGUUGGUGGGGGAGGCUGCUAAUACCAACGGAGUCAUACUCCGGUACAUAGGAGAGGGUUACUCCCAGGCACAGGAGGCUCUGGAGGAUAAGAUGAUUGAAUUCUACUGUUGCCAGGACAACAACACCCGUACUCGUGACAAGAAAAGUGGUACACCCCUGGCCUCCCUAACCUCGGGACAGCUGGCUGCCGUCAGGACUGAGGAGGACGAGGAGAUACUACGAGCACAAGUCACAGAGGUCAUGGCCGACAAGGUCAAGGUUUACUAUGUGGAUCACGGGUUUUCAGAAGUCAUCAGCAAGGCCAAAGUGUUUGAGCUGCAUGAGAAGUUUUUCAACCUGCCUUUCCAGGCCACCAAGUGUCAAUUGGCUGGUCUGGAGCCUUUCUGCCAGGAGCCUGCUGUCCUGAAGAAGUUUGAGUCCAUGACCAGCGGCAAGAUCCUAUUGGCUGAGAUCCUAGAGAGAGGGCAGACCCCAUUGGUGGUCCUGUAUGACACGUCGCAGGAUGAUGAUGUCAACAUCAACGCUGCAUGUAUCAAAGCCCUGCAGGACAAGACUCUGGCCAGCCCCCUACAGGUGAACAGUGCCUAUAUGAACGUGGCUGUGAGAAGUGUGUGUUCAGACGGGACCUUCUACUGCCAGCUCCCGUCUCGAGGUCUGGCCAAACUCACUGAGAUCCUGGAGAAGGCUGAGGCAUACUUCCACUCACAGGAGACGUCAGAGUUCCUGGUGUCCAGACCGUUCUGUGGGAAAGGCUGUCUGGCGCGCUACAAAGGCAAAUGGUCUCGCGUGGAGAUCACUAACCUCCAUGGUAGUUGUGUGUUGGACAUCCUCUUCAUAGACCUGGGGGUGCAGGCCUCAGUGGAGGUGAUUGAGCUGAGGGAAGUCCCACCUCCUUUCCUAUGGGACCUGAUUGCCAUCCCACCACAGGCGGUGAAGUGUUGUCUGGCUGACCUGACUGUGAGUGGUGUGGGCUCCUGGACUCCAGACGCUGUUCAGUGGUUCCGAGACGCCGUGCUCAACUCCACAGACUGCAGUGUGAAGAUCGCCAAGCUGGAUGAGACCAAGCGCAGUGUAGCCCAUGUCUACCUGUUCCCCGACAAGAACUUCCAGGACCCCGCGAGGAGUCUCAACCGCCAAAUGGCUGCCUCGGAUCUCUUCAAACACAGAGGGGACCACUGCCCUUCCAAGACCUCCACUUGUACCUCCACUGCCACCCUCACCUCUACCCCCAAGACCUCCACAACCACCACCACACCCAGCUCCAACGGUACCAAGCCCCAGCUAAGACGUGCCCGCUUGGAACCAAGGCCGACAGGGGGUUCAAGCACCCCUCCGGGGACUCCCCCACCUCCCUCAUCCACCACACCUAUCAAGCUACCUCUGCUGCUGGAACUACCACCUGCAGGUCAUAACAUGGAUAUCUAUGUGUCGGUGGCGUGUCAUCCGGGCCACUUCGUAGUGCAACCUUGGAGAGAUAUGUACAAGCUGGUGGUUCUGAUGGAAGAGAUGAUCCUGUACUAUAAUAAAACAGAGGAGAAGCCUCUCAAAGGGGAGAAUAACCAGAUAUAUGCUGCCAAAGUAGAGAACAAUUGGCACCGUGUGCUGGUGAAGGGGGUGUUAACCAAUGGUCUGGUGUCGGUCUAUGAACUGGACUAUGGUAAACAUGAGCUGGUCAGCGGCACACAGCUCCGCCCCCUCAUACAGGAGUUCCGACUGCUACCAUUCCAGGGCAUCACCGCACAACUCGCAGGAGUGAAGCUGAGGCAGUGGUCAGAGGAGGCUUCCAUCUUGUUCCGGAACCAUGUGGAGAAGAAGCCGCUGGUGGCCCAGCUGGAGGCCGUACAGGAUGCGCAUCACCCCUGGGACAGGAAGUUGACCGUCUUCCUGGUUGACACCUCGCAGGAGGAGAGGGACAUCUGGGUUCACAACAUCAUGGCCGAGUUCGCUGACGAACUCACCAAAGAAGUGUAGUUAGAUCAACCCUGUGCACAACAGUGCAUCUAGAGUGCUGGUUAUGGCAGGAACAACUAGGUAGGUCUAUUCAAAACAAAUGUAAAAAAAUACAUUUUUUAAAAUUAUAAUAAAGUAUAAACAUUUGUUUUGGAUAUCUAAGUGUAGUUGGAUGCUGGACUUUUCUACGGAUGUUGCUAUGAGAAACCAGAACUGUUGCCGUUACAAUGGGAGACAGUUGGAAGGAGAGGAGACUUGGACUUGUUUUGCUUGAGAGUGGGGGGGGGCACAGUGAAACACACUCGCUCACAGUAUGGGAUGGCAUUCUGAUCAAAAGCUCAAUAAUAUCACCAUCGUGCCGACUUCCCUAAAAGCUUUGCCACACAGAGGAGUUGUCAUAGUCUGUUGAAUGUCUAGCCGUGAUAUGGGAUGGGUUUCCUGACGCCUUCGCUCAUAUUGUACUUUUGUUUUCUUGACUCAAUAAAUAUGUAUGUUAUACAUAAGCUGCAUUAACAAUCAACGCACACAAAGUGCAUUCAAACUAUUCAGACCCCUGGACCUUUUCCACAUUUUGUUACAUUACAACCUUAUUCUAAAAUGGAUUAAAUAUAUAUUUUUUUCUCAGCAAUUUUCACACAAUACCCGAGAAUGCCAAAGCGAAAACAGCUUUUUAUAAAUGUUUGCUAAUUUAUUAAAAAUAAAAAAACGAAAUGCCUUAUUUCCAUCUCUGCAGCACUCAACCAAUCAGGCCUUUAUGGUAGG